AUGCCUCGUUAUAACGUAGGAUUUAUCGUCCACGAGGCUCUGUUCCCCUCAGUGAGGGUAGGAGCGCCCAUCGAUCCCCUCGUUGUGGUACGCUGUUUUGAUAACGAGUACAUCACGACAAUAAAGACAUCAAAGACGAUUGUAGCGUCGUGGGAUGAGGGCUGCAACUGGAAUAAUCUGGAGUUACUGCCACACGCAUGGAAUUCUGGCGUCAUCGAGUUUGAAUUGCAGGCUGCCAACGCCCUGUGGAGGAAUGACACGCUGGGAAAAGCGGCGCUACAAUUGAAACUGGUAUCCACGAGCAAAAACAGCACAUUCUCUGGUAAAAUUCCCCUAACAGCUCCCAAUUCCGUCAGGGUGAUCGGUCAUCUGACCGUUACUGUGAAUGCCUAUGACCUCUCCCGUGGCGAACUACACAGAGGAUUGCCAUCGGUAACAAAGGAAUAUGAAGUAAAGCCGCCGUUGAACUUGGAGAUACCUCCAUUAACAAGCCCCUUGAUAUAUAGGACCGCUAUACCUAAUGAUGUCCCCGUGAAUUACAAAUAUUUCCAUCUCUACAUAAAUGUCUACACACUCGAGGACAUAGAGAUGGAACCUUUUGGAUUUACUCCCUAUAUAACGUGUGAAUAUGCUGGUUGUAGGUUACAGACCGCAAAACCUAUAAGGGUAAAAGGCACUAGCAAUACUCAUAGUGCGUCUACGGAAACAAACAGCUUGGCAACAUUAUCUAAUGCUAUAAGUUCAUAUUUGUAUGGAACAAAUAAAACACCUACAUAUGAGGGUGAGCGGAAGAGGUUUAAUUUCACAUUCAACCAGUGUUUUCUGAUUCCUAUAAGUGUAAUAGUUGGAGAGCCAACACUGGAAGAUACUAUCAUAUUAAGGAUAUGGAUGGGCGUUGCUAUAGAUAUACCCCUGAUAAAUAAUGGUAGCAGUCAUUUGGUUAAUACAACGCCAAUUUCACCGCGCUUACUUGCAGAGGGAGUGUUUUCACUAGCUGAACUUAGAUCGCAAAGACAACGAGCUAAAUGGUUUAACUUUUACAGACCUAAUUUCUAUAAUAACAAUUCCAUAUUUGGACCAAUCGUGAAUAGAAAUUCACAAGAACCAAAUUUUAACGCCAGUUAUUAUGUUGGAAGGUUACUGCUAAGUGCCAGUGUAAGGCGUAUAUAUAAAGCGCAUGAUGUUUUGAAGGCACAUGUUUCAGCUUCUCAUCAACUAGAGCCAUUAUCACCGAGUCCAACAAGGAUAUUUUCUGAUGUUUAUGUAAUAGAGUCGCCUUCCACCUUUGGAUUCAAAGGUGACUUUGAAGUAUGCUUGGAAAUAACUUGCGGUCCAUUUAUCACAAGUACAGGAUGGCAUAAAACGAUAUGGAGGAAGAAUAUGACCGGUGAUACCAGUAGUAGUUUGGAAUUUUUGGGGGCUGCGAGUGAUGCAAAACAGUUUGGAAGGGCAGCCAGUAUUGGUUGGUUUUGCACGUUUGACUCCAUUGAAGGUAGGGUUCCUCCUCUGGACCUCUUGAUAUCAUAUUCAAAAGAUGAGCAGUGGUAUAUAUUUGUAAGAGUUCUUGCAAGGAGUGUGGAUGACAUGUCUGAGUCAAGGAUUUUGGGAUCUACAAGAUACUCAUUUGAGGAUCCUACGCCAUAUGUUGCAAACAACCCUAAAUUUCCGUUUUGGAUAUCUAUGGAUACGACCUUCUAUGACUCAACCGUGCCUACAUUCCUUAACGUACUUCUUACACUGGAAAAGCAAAUGUUUUACUCAUCUUCCGUAAAUAGUUCCACAAACAAAGACUUUAGGGGAGCAUCACAUGGACGAAGAAUGUCAAUGAUAAAUAUGGAUUAUGAAUUAAGAUGCUAUAUAUAUUCAGCAAAACUUCCAGAUAUAACUAAAGAUGUUGCAGUGUCUGUAACAUCUGAUGGAAAGUGUGAAUUCACUUCAGCCAGAUCUCAAAAUACAAAAUUCCCCGUUUUUAUGGAAUGCUUAACAAUGCCAGUGUCCAUUAUGACAUCUCCCGUAAGUAAUUUGGCUACGCCAAUGCCAAUUAUGGUUAGUUUGGUUUCACUAUCCAGAAAGGAGUACAUUAGUACAUCAGUUACUCAUUAUAAUUGUCUAAUAACUUCUAAAACAACCGAAAUAACCGCUAGCAAACCAAAGUGGUUACAUUUGGGUGAUUCACAACUUUUGAUGCAUGUGGAAUUGGUUCCAAAAUCAGAAGCAGCCAGAGUUCCAAAGCACCAAAUAUUGCCAAUUGUCGAGACUCUAUCAUUCAAUUUGGGUUUGUUAGGAUUUCGUAACUUGAGAAUACCAAACACAAAUCGCAAUGAGUUAUUCCUGAAGAUAUCACUGCAGAAUUACGGGAUAUGCACUGAUCAGGAGCAAUCGCAUGAAUUUGUUUGUAAAUCCUCUCUAGGUUCUUCCUGGAUUUCAAAUGAUCGCAAAAAUUAUGACGUAUUUACGGUACAAUCUUUUGAAUUUAAGGUUCCGAUAGAACAGAUAUUUGAUCCACAUAUUGAACUACAGUUGUUUUCUGGUGAUAAAACUGGAAAUUGUGUAGGUUAUUGUUCAAUUCCAAUACACCCAGAAGGAUCUGUAGGAGAUUCGGAUCAGGCAUAUGAUUUAAGGUAUUCUAUGAUUCCGAGAAAAAUCUGCGGAUUGUUGGAUUCACUUUCUAGGAAAAACAUAAAGGAUGGAUAUAUGUUUGGAAUGAACAAAAUUGGUACGAGUAAUACUACAUAUACGACUGGAGUUUCUAAUGUUUUAAGCGAGUUUGAGAAAUCAAAAGAUUUCAAAAAGAUGUGUCUUUCGCUCUCUUUGGAGAAUGUUAGUGUGUACGUACCCCCAAAGAUGAUAAUAGUUGCUGAUGGUAAGAAGAUUAAGGAUAAUUCAUCACUGGAGUUUACACUUGUUGCAGAUAGAAAUUUGGAUUGCAUCUUAACAGAUCUACCAUAUGCUAUAAUGAUUUUGUCCGACGCAAGCCAAGUGAACCGAGUCGUUCCAAAGUUAAAAAGAAGCCAGGAAUCUAUCGCAAGUGUUAGCACUAGAGCAUCAAUACUUUCAACAGAAGGUUUAGAUGAUUCUACAGAUAAACCAGAUACUCAGUCUAAAAAGGACCCUGCAGGAUUGAUGAAGUACUUUUUAACGAUUAAUGAUAAGGAUGGGUGUAGACAUAGAUCCUACAACGAAUUGUAUACUGAGCUUGCAUUAGAUUCGAAUCAAAUGUACAACGCAUUUAGGAAGAAUGUCAAGUCAUCUCUUUACAAAUUAAGAUUUGGAGUCAUAUCAUCUUCUAAUUUUGCAUUCGAUGGAGCGUAUUCUGAUCUGCAUUUGGUGGUAGAUAUUGGUGGAAAAGAGAAUAGGGGAUACCUAAAAAACCACAAGGAGAGAUUACUCUCCAAUAUAUAUCAGAUUUACGAGCGUGAAGUAUUCUUACCAGAGGAUUCACAGAUUAAUAUAAAAGUGAUUGCUUCAGAGGAGUUACUUACUGGUGAUGUAACUGAGCAUGUUCUUGGUUCGGCUUCGAUAGAUCUUGAAAACAGAUGGUUUAGCAAACAAUGGCAGCAUAUGAUUCGCAAGGAUUCGGUUCCGAUCGAAAAAAUAUUAUUGUACAAGGACGGAACUGUUCAGGGUUAUGUUAACGUAAUUGUUCAACUGGUAAAAUUUGAGAAUUUUACAAUGCUAAGGCCUCUGACAUUUAACAGACCACCGACAUCUACGGUAGAAGUUAGACUGGUAAUAUGGUCUACUAGGAACGUUUCUUUGGGUUCGUCUGAGAAUGGUAAAUCCGGCGGAAUGUUAGAUUUGUAUGUGGUAUCUAGGUUAGAUUGUCAGGGAUAUCGUGGUAACCAUCCUCUGGAACAAAAGACAGAUAUUCACUAUAAUUGUGAUCAUGGUAAUGCUUCAUUCAAUUGGAGGAUAGUGUACCCGGAGAUAAAUACCCCUACUGGUGCAUGUCACUUGCAACUGUCUGUCUAUGAUUUUUGGAAGGUCGGUGCUCCAAUAUUUAUAGGAGAGGUUAACCUAGAACUGAGACCAUAUAUUGAUGUUGUAUCUACUACAUCCAACAAGGUACAGAUUGACGGUGAAUUGCCACUCUGUAAUGCGGGGAAAUCUACCCCUCACGGAUUUAUUCAAUUAUCGCUAUACGUUCUUACUCAGUCAGAAGCUACAGCAAAACCGGUUGGACUCGCUAGAGAAGAGCCAAACUGCAACCCUCAUUUGUUGGUUCCUCGCUCUGGGCGUCAGUGGCAAGACUGGUUGGCUCACACUGGACUAUCGCUUGAUUUUAGCGGAUUUGUUUUUUACAUUCGGAUCGUUGGAAGUUUUGUACUAUUCCUAUGGAUAUUUUUCAUAUCAUUCAUAUAUCCUUCACUUUUAACAUAA